UCUGAGCAUUUCGGUAUGAAUUAAUUAGUAAUAAUAAUAAUAAUUAUUGAUAAUCGGGACCGUCUGAAUGGGACAUUUAUACUUUUUAUAACUAAUGUAAGGUCUGACGGUUCUGGACUGUUCGGUUCGGAAGGGACGGUGGAAGAUGCAUCAGUGGGAUUCGUCUCUGUUCUCUGUCACUCCAGCUGCCAGCUUGUUGUCCAGAUGUGUCUCUGCAGGAGCUGCCUCUCAGGGGGAAAUUGACGCCGCCUUGUCCGACCCAAACCCCGUCUUCUCUUCGCGCCUGCAGGAGGCUGAAGAACAAAUCAGAAAACAGAAACAGCUGAACGAGCUGCAGCUGCAGCUGGAGCUGUUCAKGGUCGAUCAGAAAGGUGCUGAUGUCCCUCAGGGUCUCCAUCUUGCUCAGAAGACCGAGAGGCUGCAGACGCUCAGCGAUCACCUGCUGGACCUCCUGAAGGAGCAGAAGCUUCUCAAACAGAGACUGACGAGGCCGCUGGCUCGCACCAAUCUGCCCGUGGUGGCUCACCUGCACAGUUUUGUGGUGGAGACGGUGAAGCUGCUGAUGGACUUCAUCGAGUGCCUGGAGGAGAAGCUGAGGUCUGCCCAGAACCAGAGCUCCCCUACAGACUGCCUCGCCUUGCUGGACACCUCGUGGUCCGUGAUGCUGACUCUGGCAGCAGAGAUGGAGACGUUGUCCAGCAGGAUCCUGCAGUGGAAGAACAGCAGCUCCGUCUCAUCGCAGACCUUCAGCUCUGCUGGAGAUACUGACUGAAACAGACACAGCUACGGGAUAAAUCUUGUGCCAGCAGAAAGUGAAUUAGAAUUGCUCAGAUUGAAUCUGAAUGUGCAUCAUUUGAAAUUAA